AUGGCAAAAGUCAAGAACAAAAAAACAAAUUCAGCAGAAGCAGCUGUCAAGAAACGUAACAGAGAAAACAAAAAAACACUCAACCCAUUUGAAGUUCAUAUCAACAGAGAUAAGCAGAAAGUUCUUGGCCGGAAGAACAAAGCAGAUCGUGGUCUGCCAGGAGUAGCUAGAGCAAAAGCUUUGAACAAGCGAAAGAACACGUUGCUUUUGGAAUACAAACACAAAGACAAAGACAAUAUCUUCAUGGACAGACGUAUAGGAGAAAAAAAUGCAUCGAUGACUCAAGAGGAAAGAUCAAUGGCAAGGUUUGCAGCAGAACGAAUAAAAUCGCACAGGAAAAAAGAUAUUUUUAGUUUAAACGAUGAGGAGGUUUUGACCCAUGGCGGUCAGACACUGGAAGAAAUAGAAAAAUUUGAAGACCCUAAGAGCGAUGACGAGUACAGUGACGAGGAAGAGACUCGAGAUGGUCGUUUGGACAAAAAGUUCGUCAGCGAGGCUCAUUUUGGAGGUGGAAUUUUAUCCAAAUCCGAUGGUCCAUUGUCCCGAAAAGAACUCAUAGAUCAAUUGAUUUUCGAGUCGAAAAAACGCAAAGCUGAAAAACAAAAAGUCCGCGAACAGACGAUCGAUCUUACGGAAAAACUGGACUCCGAGUGGAAAGAUCUUUUGCCUCUCAUGGCGUCUUCAAAGAAAAACAACGAAGAACCUGUUGAAAAAACACGCGCCGAUGACUAUGAUAUUGCUGUAAGAGAAUUGAAGUACGAAAGUCGUGCCACUCCCUCUGACAAAUUGAAAUCCGAGGAGGAAAUAAUGCACGAGGAAAAAGAAAAAUUGGAAGAGCUCGAGCAAGAUCGAUUAGCCAGAAUGAAAGGUUUUACCGAAGACACGACACGCAUAAGGAAUCAUAAAUCUGCUGAUGAUUUGGACGACGAUUUUGCCAUUGAGGACAUCACCGAAGAAACUUUAGCUUAUGAUGCAGAUGGAAUGGCUAGGGGACUAGUUCAAGACUCGACCAACGUUGAGGAGCGAUUGCAAAAGGAUGACAGAACCGGGAACGAAGAAGUUUCAGAGCAUUCGGCAAACGACGAAGAAGAUAAUCAGGAUGAUAAUUCUGACGAAAUUUUCAAAAAAGUUGAGCAUAAGUCGAAGGAAAAAAAUGCAACGAAAAAGUUACAAAAUGGUUCAAACAUCUCAAAUGGAUCAGAUUCCGACAAUAACGAAGAAGAAGAGAAAGACGAAGAGGACGAGGAGGAGGAAGAAGAGGGCGAAGAGGAGGAAGAGGAUGAUGACGAUUUAUCAGACUUAAAAGUUUCUGAAUCAUCAAGCGACGAAGAGGAGUCGCAGGAUAAAACUAAAAAAUCUUCAACAAAACAAAAGUUUGUAAAAUCCGAUUUUCAUACAGAAACCAUAAUUAAUGAAGUCUCUGAAAAUUGUAAAAAUGAGGAGAGAAUAAAAGAAAUAAGGAACGAUUUACAGAGAAGAAAAUUAAUAAUGGAAAAAGCUCGUCAAGAAUUGCCCUACACGUAUUCAGCUCCUGAAACUUUCGAAGAGUUUGAGACAUUAAUAAAAGAUCACAAUCCAGACUAUCAAUCGAUCAUAUUGGAGCGAAUAGUCAAAUGCAAUCAUUGGACCUUGGGCCAAGGGAAUCGAGAGAAACUUUGUAAAGUUUUUGACUAUCUAUUGCAGUACAUCGUACAAUCCGCGUCCGUCACCUCGGAAAAGGACAUUUCAAAGUGUUUCCAAAUUUUGGACAGAUUAUGUCCACACCUCUACGAUUUGGCACAAGCGAGUGCUCAGAACACGGCGACAUGCGUUCAAAACAUCCUGAGGAAUAAGCACGAUGAAUUUGAAAUAAACCGAAAGAAAUAUCCUGGUUUGGAAACGCUUAUUUUGUUCAAAAUUAUAUCUCUUCUGUUCCCAACAUCGGAUUUUCGACAUCCAGUUGUUACUCCAAGUCUCGUAUUUAUGUCUCAAAUAUUGUUGAGAUGUCGGAUAAAAACUCGUCGCGAUAUUGCCAAAGGAUUGUUCGUCUGCGCUCUUAUGUUGGAGUAUACUCUGAUGAGCAAACGGUUUUCGCCGGCAGUAAUAAAUUAUUUGCGCGGCGUUAUUUAUCUGGGAACACCGAAGCCACCGCCAUUACUGCACAAAACAAUUCCACCGUUCAAAAGUCAGGGUGAAACGAGCAAUUUGUUGAUAUUGGAGGCGAAGCAAAAGAGUUUGGCAAUCGACGUUGAAAGUCCAUGUAUGCGUUGCAGUGACUUGUCGCAAAAUGAAUUCGACGAUGAUUUCAGAUUACGAGCAUUCGUUACCGCUCUUAAUAUGACACUCGAAUUUAAAAGACAGUUCGAGGAAUUGGAAGCUGUACACGCCAUAUUUUUCCCCAUUAUAAAAUUACUGCAAAUUAAUGAUCGCUCGAGGUACCCUAAAAAUGUGAAGAAACAUGUAGAAAAAAUCCGACAAGAGUUAGAGAGCUUGGCGGAAAAGAAAUUGGAGUUUAUCGUUCGAGAAAAGAAGAAACCCAAAGCCUUGCGGCUGUACGAGCCCCGCAUCGAAAGAGUAUACGAUGGUAAAAAGCACAGACCAAUGUCAAGGGAGAAAGCGGACAGGGAAAAAUUGCUUCACAAGAUAAAGAAAGAAACGAAGAGCGCGAUUCGAGAAGUUCGAAGGGACCGAGCGUUCUUAGCCAAAGUACAAAUCAAACAGCAGAUAAAGAGUGAUACGGAGAGAAAGAGGAAAGUGAAGGAGAUUUUGAGCGAAGCAUCUGUUCAGCAGGGUGAAUUCAAUGAAAUGAAAAGAAAAAAAGGAAAAUAGUAUCGUUAUUGCGACCAGACUUGUCAAAUACAUUUAAUGUGCUUAAAAAAGAAGCACAAUUUAUUAAUGUUACAAAUAAAGAAAGGUAUUUGUACGCACAAGUUAA